AUGUCUUCUUCCACCCCAAAUUUUGAUAACAAAUGUUACAUUACCACCAAUUCUCCUGAUGGGAAAACUACCACCUUUGUUGAUUCCACCUCAUUUGUAACAAUUUCGAAGCAUCCCGGCACGACAUUGAGAUACGCCUACUCUGCAGCCUCUACACCCUCACUUACCGAUGACACCGACCUCAAAGCACACCAGGAAAUCAUCAAGGAAGAGAAAAUACCCUUCUUUCCCUCAGCUGGUGGCAGCGCAGCCGCAUUUUUGCACCUCGACCCUAAUCCUGAUGGAGCCGAGGGGUUCAUGCAUCGUACGCGUACGCUUGACUAUGUACAUGUAGCGGAGGGAGAAGUGGAGUACGCGGUGAAUAGUGGAGAGAAGAAGAUUUUCAAAAAGGGAGAUGUGGUUAUUCAACGGGCGGGAUGGCAUGCUUGGAAAAACCUGAGUAAGACAGAAGGGGCUACUCUUUUUGCCGUUGCCAUCGGCGGUGAGGGUGCGACGGAAGGUUUCAUGGAAGUUUCAAGUGCGUAG